AUGAUAGCUAGAAUUUUAUCCAUUUUGAUUUUUGUUAUGUUCAUGGUUAAGUCUUUGCAUUCUCACAAGUCACAACCAAAGAAAUUACUUAUAAUAUCUAUGGAUGGAUUUCGAUGGGAUUAUAUCAACAAAAUUCCAGGCAAAACGCCCAAUUUUGACAGAUUUAAGACAGAGGGGGGUUAUGCUCAAAAUGGCAUGAAGAAUAUUUUUGUAAGUUCGACUGCCCCUAAUCACUACGCUCUAGUAACAGGAUUGUACAGUGAAAGCCAUGGAAUAAUUGGCAAUACAAUUUAUGACCCACGUUUUAAUGAGACAUUUAGCCUUUUUAAUUCAACACAGCAAUAUGACAGUAAGUGGUUUGAUAAUGGAGGAGAACCAAUCUGGGUAACAAAUCAAAUACAAAGUAGUGAACAUAGAUCAGGCAGUAUUGCAUGGCCUGGUAGCUAUGCAGCAGUGAAUGGAAUAGUACCAACACGUUUUAUACUCACACAAAGGCUUUAUUAUCAUAAUCCAGCUCCCUAUAGCUUUAAAUCUAGAAUAGACACAAUCAUAAAAUGGUUUCGAGAAAAAUAUCCCAUCAAUUUAGGAUUGUUAUAUUUUGGAGAACCUGAUGAACAGGGUCAUGAACAUGGUCCUGAAUCACAAGAAGUAAAAGAUAUGAUUCAGUUAUUAGAUGGUACACUAGGUUAUUUAUUAGAACAAUUAAAGAAAUAUGGUUUAGAAGAUGAGAUAAACAUCAUAUUGACAUCAGAUCAUGGUAUGACAUCAGCACCCCUAGAUAAAGUUGUUAUUUUAGAUGACUAUGUAGAUCCUACAGAUUAUCAAGUAUUUGGUGUUAAUCCUGUCACCAAUAUUCUCCCUAAUGAAGGAGAAAAAGAAACUAUUUAUAAAAAGUUUAAAGAAGCUUCAGAGAGUACUAAGGCUUUUGAUGUUUAUUAUAAAGAAGACCUACCAGUAGAAUAUCAUAUAAAAAAUAACAUUAGAAUACAACCUAUAGUUCUUAUAGCACAUAUUCAUUAUACUUUAGUUUAUAAUAUAUCUUCGGACAGAAACCAUUCAUUGGGAACACAUGGGUAUAAUAAUAGUUUACAAGAUAUGCAUCCAUUUUUUAUGGUAAAAGGCCCAUCAUUCAAGGCUGGUGCAACUAUAGAGACUUUAAAUAAUGUAGAUAUAUAUAGUUUAAUGUGCCAUUUAUUAGACUUGAAACCAGCACCAACUAAUGGUAGUUUAGAUUUAGUGAGAGAUUUAUUAAAAGAAGAUGAUGAACAUACUGUUGUCACUUUUGCAACAUACAUAGGUAUAUUAGUUUUUAUAGCAUUAAUUGCUGGUGUAUUUACUAUGGCUGCAUGUAGACAACAUCGAAACAUGAAACGUAAACAGAGACAAAUGACUUUACCUGGUGGUGUUCAAUUUUCAACUAUAUUACAACGUGAAUCUAAAUUACCGUUGUUAUCAGAAGAGUCCGAUGAUGAUAGUUUGUAG